UAAACUAUAGAUUUCCCACGAAAAGUUCCAAAGAAGUCUUUCUCUUCCCCUCAUCUCAUCACCUAUUUACGUAGCAACAUCCCAAACCUUUUACCACUGCGCUAAGAAACGACCAUGACUCACGACGGCCAAGUGGUGGUCGUCAUGGUGCCCUUGGCCGCACAGGGCCAUCUCAACCAGCUCCUCCACCUCUCUCGCCUUGUCUCUGCCCGCCACAUCCCAGUGCACUACAUUGGCACUGCCACCCACAACCGCCAGGCCAAGCUCCGCGUCCACGGUUGGGACCCGAGCGAACUUGCGAACCUCCAUUUCCAUGACUUCACCAUCCCUCCUUUCCCCUCUCCUCCGCCUGACCCCAAGGCGGCCACCAAGUUCCCCGCCCAACUCAUCCCUUCGUUUCGGAUUGCUGUGGUCCACCUCCGCCACCCUCUCACCCGUCUCUUACGCUCGCUCUCUUCCAAUGCAAGAAGAGUGGUCGUCAUUCAUGAUUCUCUAAUGGCAUCGACCGUUGAAGACAUCGACUCCAUACCAAACGCGGAAUCUUACAAUUACAACUGCAUCUCAGUUUUCACCCUGGCCAUUUAUGAACUUGAGCAAACCGAUGGAAGCGACAAAAACUCCAUUAGAGAUCUGAAUAUUCCAUCUCUUGAAGGUUGCUUCACUCCGGAGUUUUGGGAAUUUCUGGAGUCCCAAUUUGGAGUCCCAAAAAAGUUCUCUGGGAAUCUCCACAAUAGUUGUAAAGCCAUUGAAGAACCUUAUUUGGAGAUUCUCAAAAGCAUCAACCAUGAGACUAGGCAUUGGGCCAUAGGCCCAAUCAACCCUGUGGAAUUGGGCUCAAGAGGGCCCACUCACCCCUGCUUGGACUGGUUGGACCAGCAAAAGACUAGUUCAGUGGUCUACGUGUCCUUUGGAUCGACGACCGCCUUGGAAGACGAGCAAGUUGCAGAGAUUGCUGGUGGGUUGGAGAGAAGCGAGCAGAAGUUCAUCUGGGUGUUGAGAGACGCUGAUAAAGGAGAUGUGUUUGAUGGAGACGUUAGAGUAUCGGAGCUACCGGAGGGGUUCGAAAGGAGGGUGGCGGGGAGAGGGUUGGUGGUGAGAGAUUGGGCGCCACAGCUACAGAUUUUGGGGCAUGGGUCGACAGGAGGGUUUGUGAGUCACUGCGGGUGGAACUCGUGCAUGGAGAGUUUAACAAUGGGGGUUCCGGUGGCAGCAUGGCCGAUGCAUUCCGACCAACCGAGGAACGCUGUACUAAUGACGGAGGUGCUCCGGGUGGGUUUGCUCGUUAGGGACUGGGCUCGCCAGGAUGAACUGGUCAUGGCGACGACAGUAGAAAGUGUAGUGAGGAAAUUGAUUGCAUCAGAGGAAGGACGGGAGAUGAGAAAAAGAGCAAAGGAGCUCGGAGCCGUCGUGCGGCGAUCAGUUGAAGACGGCGGAGUUUCUCGCAUGGAGUUUGAUUCUUUCAUAGCCCAUAUUACACGAUAGAUUUUUUUUUGGACAACAAAUUAGAGAUAUGGGCUUUUGAACCUCCGACCUUGAGAGAAAAGAAGUAGCUACCAAUUAGUGUUGAACUAUGCUUCAACAUAUUAUAAGAGAUAUUAAUUAAUGUUAAA